AUGCGUCACGGACAAAAGGUCAAAGGUAACAAGAUUGACAAAGACGUCCUCAGAGAAGGACGAAUCAGACUCCAUGUGUCCAGACUGAGGACUGAAGACUCUGGUCUGUAUCUGUGUGACUUAAAGACAAAUGAUGGAUUUGGGAUCAUCUUACACCGGAUAGAUCUCCCACAAUGUUGUGUGUGUAAAGAGGAGGAGGUUCACAAUGAAACAGAACCACAGAGGAACCAACUCAUCUCUCAUGGCUCUGCAGAAGCUGAGAGCCAGAAUCAGGAAGGAAUCAAUUCUGAAGACCCAGAAAAAGAGAGAAAGGAAGAACAGAAACAAAAGGAGAAAUAUGAGAAAACCAAAGAGCAGAAAGGCAGAACUGACACUUCAAAACAGAAAAAGCACAAGAAAGCUCACGCAGGGCAAAAAUCUUAUUCUUGUAAAAUUUGUGAUAAAACCUUUUCUCGAAACGAUAUCUUGCUGAGACACAUAAGAAUUCACAAAUAUGAGCGGCCUUUUUCUUGUGGGACUUGUGGAAAAAGUUUCUCUUGGAAAGGCCUUCUAAAUGCUCAUAUGAAAGUUCACACGGGUGAGAAGCCCUUCUCAUGUGGGACCUGUGGAAAGAGUUACAGAAACAGAUGGACUUUAGCUCGUCACAUGAGAAUUCACACGGGUGAGAAGCCGUUCUCCUGUGGGACCUGUGGAAAAAGUUACUCUGAUAGUGGGACUUUAACUAAGCACAUGAGAAUUCACACAGGUGAGAAGCCUUUCUCCUGUGGGACCUGUGGAAAAGGUUUUUCUCAAGCAAAUCAUUUAAAUGUUCACAUGAGGAUUCACACGGGUGAGAAGCCUUUCUCCUGUGGGACCUGUGGAAAAAGUUUUUCUCAAGCAGUUCAUUUAAAUGUUCACAUGAGGAUUCACACAGGUGAGAAGCCUUUCUCUUGUGGGACCUGUGGAAAAAGUUACUCUUAUAGUGGGACUUUUACUCGUCACAUGAGAAUUCACACAGGUGAGAAGCCUUUCUCCUGUGGGACCUGUGGAAAAAGUUUUUCUCAAGCAGUUCAUUUAAAUGUUCACAUGAGGAUUCACACAGGUGAGAAGCCUUUCUCCUGUGGGACCUGUGGAAAAAGUUUUUCUCAAGCAGUUCAUUUAAAUGUUCACAUGAGGAUUCACACAGGUGAGAAGCCUUUCUCCUGUGGGACCUGUGGAAAAAGUUACUCUGAUAGUGGGACUUUUACUCGUCACAUGAGAAUUCACACAGGUGAGAAGCCUUUCUCCUGUGGGACCUGUGGAAAGAGUUUCAAUAUUAAGAGUAGUUUAACUAAGCACAUGAGAAUUCACACAGGUGAGAAACCUUUCUCCUGUGGGACCUGUGGAAAGAGUUACAGUUAUAGACAUAAUUUAACUCGUCACAUAAGGAUUCACUCAGACUAGACGCCUUAGGUAGGAAACACCUCCGAUCCAUUUUGGCAUCAGAUCCAAAAGAAAAUCUGGUCAGAUGAUGUAAACAGCAAGUUGAACAUAUUAAAGUCAACAGAUUCUUGCAGGCUGCUAGUGAUUCACUGUGAUUGUGUCUUUCACUGUCUGACCAAGAUAAACCUGAGGUCUACUUUUGCCUAGCAGCUUGUUUUCCUUAAUCCAGUUUUUUGUUUUAAUUCUCAGUCAUAUUUGUACUUAAGAUCCCCAUCAGUAUCCCAUUAGAUACUGAAGUUAAAGAGGGGAACACAUUCAGACAGGAUUAAUUUCUGUGCAUUUCAGUUUUCAUGGAGUUCUGUACCAUGUAGAAUAAUUGAGUUUAGCUUUUACAUUUUUGACAUUUCCGUGUAUGACUGGAUGUAAAAUAGCAGUGAAAUGUUCUUGUUUUUCCAUAAAUUAAACUCUAUGAUGUUUGUUUGAAAAAAAUCUGUUGGAGAAAUUGUAUACAUUUAUCAGACAUUUGCUUAAACAUUGUAUAUUCUGAAUUGCUUUAACUAUAUUUCUGAGUAUGUUGAAGGAUGCAGAGACAGCCGGCGCCAGCUUGUUCUAAUCAGACGGCUGCUCAGCAGAAGGACAUCCUAUUCUUCAUGUUUAUAAUAAGAUCAUUUAAAGCGUAAUGGUGCUUAUUAGCCUUACACAGUCAUACUGUCGUAGUAAAUGUUCUAGUUUAUCUUAUGAAACUGAAUUAUAUGUUUUUGUUUCCUCCUUUUUACCCUGUAGAGCUCAAUGUAAUACGGACGUCUUUUUCAGUAAAAAGAGAAGUGCGGCAGAAUGUGUUUUUAGAAUAGGCAGAGAUUGUAACUGAAACACAUCUCUGUCCGUUCUCACAAGUAAAAAGAAUCUAACUCUCUCUUGUCUCUCCUUGUCUAUAUUUGAUGUUCUAGGUGCGUAUACCUGAAAAACUCUAAAAUAAUUUUGAUCUGGUCAGAUUUUGAUUUAGAGCUAACCACAGAGAGGUUUUUAUGUUCCCAAAUUUUUGUCAUUGUUACACUUUGCUAUGAGAAGCAAAGUAUAUUAUUAAAAAGGUAUGUUAAAAUAUACACUAGUAUUUUGAGCAGAAUAUGCUUUUUAAUAACUGUUGAUUUGAAUAAAUAUUGAUGGAUUAUUCA